AUGGGAGACAGAGAAUAUAGCAAAGUGAGAGAGUCCCACAUGUCAUUACAAUGUAUUGGUCCUCAUUUUGCAUCGUAUCUUUUCACUCUUGAAUCCCCAUCAUCAAGAGACAAAAGUUUCAGAGAAAGUUUUGAUGCAAAAUUGGAAGAUCAUACCACUCUAAAAUCGAUUCUAUGGACUCCGUCCAAAGAUUGCAUAUUGUUUGACAUAACUCAUUGUCAAUGUUUGAUCGCUACAACAAGAGUAUCACUUAUAGUUAAUAUUAUUGUCCAAAGACUUGAUAUUGAUAUUAUAUUUGUUAAUUCAUCUACUCCUGCCACAAUAACUGCCAACAUUAACUCUAUUCCCAUGCUUAAUGGGACAAAUUUCAAGAAUUGGAAAGGGAAAUUACUUGUAAACCUUGGUAGCAUGGAAUUAGACUACGCAUUAAGGCAAGAACAACCUUCACCUAUUACUGCAGAAAGCACUCCUGAUGAAAAGAUGGAGUUUGAGAGAUGGGAUCGUUCUAAUCGCAUGAGUCUAAUGAUCAUGCAACAAUGCAUUCCAGAAGCCUUUGGAGGCACAAAAUCUGAAGAGAUCACUAAGGCCAAGGAUUUCCUCGAUGCAAUUGAAAAACGUUUCGCUAGAAAUGAUAAGGCUGAAAUGACUUCACUUCUGGCUUCCUUGAUGUCCAUGAAGUAUAAGGGUCGAGGAAAUGUUAGGGAGUGCAUUAUGGAAAUGUACCAAAUUGCUUCAAAACUUAAGGCACUUAAGAUCGAGCUUUUUGAGGAUUUGCUUGUUCUUAUGGUUUUGAUAUCGUUUCCUGCACAGUUUAACCAAUUCAAAAUUAGUUAUAACUGUCAAAGGGAGAAAUUGACUCUAAAUGAGCUCAUUUCUCACUGUGUGCAAGAGAAAGAAAGAUUGAAGCAAGAUAAAACUGAAAGUGCUCAUUUGGCCAGUGCCUCUAAAGAUAAGGGCAAGAAAAGGAAAUCUGAGAAUGAAGCUGCUAAGGGUCCAACCCAAAAGAAACAACAGAAGGAUUCAGAUGGUUGUUUCUUUUGUAACAAGCUUGGACAUGUGAAGAAAAAUUGUACCAAGUAUCAUGCAUGGCGUGUAAAGAAAGGGUUGCCUGAGCUACCGAAAGCCAAGUGAUGGUGAAAGACACAUCUUUGUGGGCGAUGGACAAUCGGUAGAAGUUGAAGCUAUUGGGCAUUUUAGGUUGUUAUUAGGAACUGGUUUUUAUUUGGAUUUAAAAGACACUUUUAUUGUACCGUCUUUUAGACGGAAUUUAGUUUCUGUUUCAUUAUUGGACAAAUUUGGAUAUUGUUGUUCUUUUGGAAACAAUCAAUUUAGUUUGUCUUUAAAUUCAAAUGUUGUUGGAACUGGUUACUUGAAUGCUUAUGACAACCUUU